AUGCCCGUGCCCCAAACCCCUUCGUCCGACUCCGACUCUGACGAGCCCAAUUGGGGCGAUUCCAGUCACUCCUCGGCUGACGACAGCGACAGUUACAGUGAGAGUGAGAGCGAGUUUGAAGAUGUCGCGAUCGACCAUCGAAGAGCUAUCAGGCUCUGGACGGCCAUACAUGGCUCGCAUCGGAACGCGACCGGUCGUAUGAGUCAAAGAAAGUGGACCUCGCUGAAGCACUGGGCCGCUCGAAGAUAUUACUCGGAGCUCAAGAUGGCCGCGAAACUCGGCAUAUCCCAUGCAAGGCUCGUUCAGGCCGUCAAAAAGUUCAACAGCCUCGCUUCGAAGGGCAAUGCGUGGUCUAGAUUUCUCUCGGACCCUGUAGUCAAGGUUUUACACCAGCGAGCAAGCAAGGGUGAGUCGGUCCUCCGGGCGCUUCCGGUCAUGCCCACUCCACUCUCCUACGCUCUCGCUUAUGCUUACCGCUGCGUCCGCAAUAUCUGUUCUUACAUACCCUGGGUGUGUCAAACGUGUUCAGAAUCGGAUCAUUCGAAAUCGCAAUCCAUCACCAAACUUGCCGCUCAACUCUGGAACUUCCUGAGAGACCAGGGGGACCUCGGAUCUGCCCAACUUGGCGAGGACGAUGAAGAGCUUGUUCGCGCGGCUUUUGCAGCGGCAGAGGCAGGAAAUAAUACGACUUUCACUUCGAUAGUACCACCCACCAUCAUCACACGGUCGCCAUCCGACAUUCCUUCCCCAACUCGGAUGGAGCAAUGCAAAAAGUACAUUGCAGUUGCGAGACCUGGCGCAACGCAUGUCCAAGCUGUACGGAGUGGAAACCCUGGCCUUCAUUGUCCCUCGUUAUCAAGACGACGUAUCGCCAGCGACGAAGGCAACCGUGCAUUCGAUAGGUGGGCUCAGAUUUGCAGCUCACUGCAACGACUUCAAGGAUCCAUCCGGCAAUUCCUUGUUGUCUAAUUUUGCUUCCAAGAUGAGCUGGGAUGAGACACUCAAGGCCAAUGAAGCAACAGAUCUGAAAGAGGGUGAGCUUUUCAUCGCAGAUUAUGCGCGCAUGAGACCACGUUACCGUUACCAAUUAUGUGACAUAUGUUUUCGUCUCAUCUAUCAGCAAACACUCGCUCGAUGGACAGUGCUACUCGCGGCGUUCUUGGCAAAUGGCACGGCAUUCUGUUCCGCGCCCAACUCAGUAAGUAGUCUGCAUCUGAUCGGGCUCGACUCCGUGCUAAUCAUUUCCGCCUUUACAGACUCUGCUCUCGAGACUAUACAUCGCCGUUCCGACACGGGAUCAUCGACAGGCGAUUUCACACCUCAGAAGAAGAUGAUAUGGUCUACCCAGGGCUUGAAGGCACUGGGUGUCAAAUUGCGGAUCAAGCCCGGAACGAAGAGUAGAUACGAAAUGGCUCUGCAUCAUAGUGCAGAGACAUCGCCCAAGCAAACCGUUGCUCAGCUCAAGGCUAUCAUUGACGACCUCCGUCACGGCCACCUCGCUAUCGUACCCUCGGUGGACCCGAACGACAAUACGGAGGCAGAGGCAAGCGACGAUGACUCGAAUGGCGGAGAAGGACCCCUGAGCCCAAGAUUUGGUGGAGCCGGGGACGAAGGCGGAGAGGUACGCGGCGGAGAAAAAAGCGGAGAAGAAGAUAGAGAAAGAAAUACCGAGGGGGUGGCGGAGGAGACCGGAGGAGACCGGAGGAUGAAUGAAGCAAAACAUCGUCGAUGGAUUGAGACUGUUCUUAUGUCUUUCUUUGGGCAUAUUAUGCUCUGA